AUGCCCACACUCGCUCUCCCGGCGAUCCCACCCCCGCCCCAGCAAGAACUUCUCAUUAAGGGCAACAUACCGGAUGUGAAGAUCAUUCCACGACCCAAGUUUGAGAACGCAACAACAUCACCAAGUCCUGCUGAGGAUGCGGCCGUUUGGGAAGCUUUCUUGGAUCUUAAGAGAAAAACUGAGGGGUCAGUCUCACGCAUGACAUCUUUUUAUGAGCAAGUGGCCAAGCUUCAACUAACGCAUGAACACGAAGCGGCAGCCUACCGGGAGGUCGCUGAGAGCACUAUUAGCGAACAGCGAAAAACAAUAGAUACUCUUUCCUCAGAUUACACAAUAUCCGUAUCGAAUAAUGAAAGCUUGCAAGCUAUUUUGACGAAAAAGACCCAGCAAAUCAUGGAAUACGAAAAGAAUACUUAUGACUUGAAUAUACGCCUCAAGGAAUCAGAGCAGAAACGCGCGCACCUCGAGGACCGUGCGACACUUGCCGAACUUGGCCGUAAGAUGGCUGAGAUACGCCAGAGGGAGCUGGAAAUGUCUCUGGAACACACAACGGAUUUGGUGAAGGCUUUACGCGAUCACAUGAGUGAGUUCACUCGGAACAAGGAGUGCGCCCUGCAGGAACAGUAUGAAAUGUAUGAGAAGAAUCGAAGGGAUGUUAUCGACUUUUACAAUGAGCGUGAGAAGAAAGUGGUGCAGGAGUUUAAUGAAACAGUGAAGGAGCUUCAAUGUAUUAUGACUAAAGCUGUGAAUGAACGAGAGGAGUAUUUAUCGAAAUGCUGGCGAGAAAUGAUGCACACUCAUCAGCAACAGCACGAUGAUGCCAUGAGAGAAAUGAUAUUGCUGAGGGAUAAGGAAGAGAAGGACUACCAGGCCAAACUCAUCCGUAUGGAACAAGAUAAGGAACGAUGGUAUGACCAAUAUCGAAAUGAGAUGACACUUCUUGAAGAACGACAUAAAGAGCGGGAAUUGCAUGUGCUUAACGACAUUGCACGGAGAGAAAGAGAACUUGGUGAGCGAGAGCAGAGGAUGCGUGUGCAAAGAUCACAAGAGGAGCAAGAUGCGAAGGUGGCAUUAAUGGCCAAAGAGGCGGAACUAAAGUCGUACUAUCAAAAGAUAACCGAGGAUAUGCGCAAUGACUUCGACAAGGAGCGCGACAAGUUGACCAGUUCCUUUAGAGCGCAGAUCCAAGAAAUAUCACACCUACAUCUUAACAACGAGAGAGAACUAGAACGAAUGCAUCGUGAUAAGGAGCGUGAAAUGGCACAACGAUACCGCAUUGCUGGAUACGAGGUUGACGAUCACAAAGGAGAGGUCGCUCUUCGUGGUGUUUCUAUUCAAACAGAGGCAGCGCUACUGUCAAGGUUUGACGCGAUCGAGGCGCGCCAACGGGAAAGGGCAGAAAAAGCACGAGCUGCACUCCAAUCUCUUCCAGCAGGUGAUUCCCCUCCUUCCGAUGUUGGAAGGCUGUGA